CCAAUUUUCACUCUUCCCUAAAAACUCUCUUUUCACAUGCAACCUCACACACACACACGCAUUCAUCUUAAUGUAUCUAUAAUAUUUCUAUAAUACAACCAAAAAUGACGCGGCGCUCGCAUUGCAACCCCAACGGCCACCACAACACGCCCACCUGCGGCGGCGGCGGUGGAGGCGGGGGGCUGAGGCUGUUCGGCGUGAGGUUGACGGAUGGAUCGUUCAUAAAGAAGAGCGCGAGCAUGGGCAACCUCUCCCAUUCCUCCGCCGCGCCGGAGCCCGCCGGCGGGUACCACUCCGACGAUCCCGACCGCGGCGGCGGCACCGCCGCUCUCCGGCUGCCGCCCAUCAGGAAGAGAGGAAUACCAUGGACAGAGGAAGAACACAGGCAAUUCCUGAUAGGUCUGCAGCAGUUAGGGAAAGGUAAUUGGCGUGGAAUUUCGAAAGAUUAUGUUGGUUCGAGGACUCCAACUCAGGUGGCUAGCCAUGCUCAAAAGCACUUCAUUAGGCAGACUAAUAAUGCCACUAGGAGAAGAAAACGGUCCAGCCUUUUUGACAUGGAAACUAGUCCAUCGUCAAACACACGACAGCUCAGCAUCCCAUUUCCACCAGCUGUUACCGCCAAUGAAAACGAAAAACUCAUGCUGACAUCAUCAUCAUCAUCAUCAUCAUCAUCAUCUUCGUCUCAAGGGGCAAUAUCGUCUCUUGACCUUUCUCUAAAGCCGGCUUUCACGUCUCUUGAACUUUCUGUUAAAGACAACAAAGCACGAAAAUCUCAACAUCAUCAGAUUCUUACGAAUGUGGCGGCUGUGCAAGAACCCAUGAAGGAGCUCGUGGGCAUGUCUCAGUUGACUUUAGGGGAGACCGGCAUUUUGCAGAAUGAGGCUUUGACUUUCUCUCUGAGUGUAGCCGGAAAUCCGUAG